AUGACUCUGAUGACUCCUCCGCCGCUAGAUCAGCAGCAGCAACAGCAGGAGGACGAUGAGAUGCUGGUCCCGCACUCUGAGUUCCCCGAUGGUCCUCAGCCCAUUUCUGUGAAGUUUUAUGUCAAGGUUCCAUCUUGUUUGGCUCUAGGCACAGCAGAAAUGAAAAAUGGGCCACUAGUGUACUGGGGUUGUGCUCCUUGGGCAAAAGAAACGAAUAGAAAAGGCAUAACUAGGACUGCUUACCAGAUUGCUCAAGCAGAAACUAACAAUACAGUGGAUGCUCAGUCAGUGGAUGAUCCAUUGUCAGCUAGAUUUACGUGGACAAUUGAGAGCUUUUCAAGGCUUAAUACCAAGAAGCUAUAUUCUGAUAUUUUCCUUGUUGGAGGCUACAAAUGGCGGAUACUAAUUUUCCCAAAAGGGAACAAUGUGGAUCAUCUGUCAAUGUAUCUAGAUGUUGCAGAUUCGGGAACUUUGCCUUAUGGGUGGAGUAGAUAUGCCCAGUUUAGCUUGUCUAUUGUCAAUCAACUUCAUAGUAAAUAUUCAAUUAGAAAAGGUACUUUCUCUGCCACUGAUCUGUAUCCAUUUUAUGCUGUAUUUGCUGAACAGUCUGUGGGAGUUAUAAACUCUUCAGAUGUGCCUCGAAUAUUAGAUGAUUUCAGUAUCAUAGCUGUUCUCCCAGUGUUACAGAAACACAGCACCAGUUUAAUGCACGGGAGAGUGACUGGGGUUUCACUUCGUUCAUGCCUCUUGGUGAAUUAUACGACCCCUGGUAGAGGUUAUAUUGUGAAUGAUACAUGCAUAGUUGAAGCUGAUGUUGCUGUUCGUAGAGUUAUUGAUUACUGGUCACAUGACUCUAAAAAGGAAACUGGUUAUGUUGGACUGAAAAACCAAGGAGCUACUUGUUAUAUGAACUCUCUCCUUCAGACUUUGUACCAUAUUCCUUAUUUUAGAAAGGCUGUGUAUCAUAUGCCAACAACGGAGAAUGAUAAUCCAUCUGGAAGCAUCCCUCUGGCCUUGCAAAGCCUGUUCUACAAACUUCAGUACAAUGAUACUAGUGUAGCAACCAAAGAGCUGACAAAGUCAUUCGGAUGGGAUGCAUAUGAUUCAUUUAUGCAGCAUGACGUCCAAGAACUUAAUAGGGUUCUUUCUGAAAAGCUUGAAGACAAAAUGAAAGGAACUGUUGUGGAGGGUACAAUACAGCAGUUAUUUGAAGGGCACCAGAUGAACUAUAUUGAAUGCAUCAAUGUGGACUAUAAAUCGACGAGAAAAGAAUCAUUUUAUGAUCUUCAACUGGAUGUCAAAGGCUGUCGGGAUAUUUAUGCUUCAUUCGAUAAGUAUGUGGAAGUGGAACGCCUUGAGGGUGAUAAUAAGUAUCAUGCUGAACAAUAUGGUUUACAGGAUGCUAAGAAGGGUGUCCUAUUCAUUGAUUUUCCACCUGUCCUUCAACUUCAGCUAAAACGUUUUGAGUAUGAUUUUAUGCGGGACACCAUGGUAAAGAUAAAUGAUCGCUAUGAGUUCCCCUUGCAACUUGAUCUUGAUAGGGAGAACGGGAAAUAUCUAUCCCCGGAUGCUGACAGGAGCGUUCGCAACCUUUACACUCUUCAUAGUGUUUUGGUGCACAGUGGUGGGGUGCAUGGUGGGCACUACUAUGCAUAUAUCAGGCCAACCCUUUCUGAUCAGUGGUUUAAAUUUGAUGAUGAACGAGUAACAAAAGAAGAUAUGAAGAGGGCUCUAGAGGAGCAGUAUGGUGGUGAAGAAGAGUUACCACAGACAAAUCCUGGGUUCAACAAUGCUCCAUUUAAAUUUACAAAAUAUUCAAAUGCCUACAUGCUUGUUUAUAUACGUGAAAUUGACAAGGAGAAGAUAAUUUGUAAUGUGGAUGAGAAAGACAUUGCGGAACAUCUGAGGGAAGAAAAGGAACAAAAGAGAAAGGAAAAAGCUGAAGCGCACCUUUAUACUAUCAUAAAGGUUGCACGAAACGAGGACCUGCUUGAACAGAUAGGAAAGAAUAUCUAUUUUGAUCUUGUGGAUCAUGACAAAGUUCAUAGUUUCCGUAUUCAGAAGCAGAUGCCCUUCAACCUCUUUAAGGAAGAGGUUGCCAAAGAGUUUGGUAUACCAGUUCAAUUUCAACGUUUCUGGCUGUGGGCAAAGCGUCAAAACCAUACAUACCGGCCAAAUCGACCACUGACACCUCUUGAGGAAACACAAUCUGUUGGACAGUUGAGGGAAGUUUCCAAUAAGUCAAAUAAUGCAGAGCUAAAGUUGUUUCUUGAAAUAGAACUUGGGCCGGAUUUGCUGCCUCUUUCUCCUCCGGAAAAGACCAAAGAAGAGAUUCUUCUAUUUUUCAAACUCUAUGAUCCUGUGAAAGAGGAGCUCCGGUAUGUUGGGAGGCUGUUUGUGAAGGGAAGUGGUAAGCCUGUUGAAUUAUUCGCAAAACUAAAUGAAAUGGCUGGUUUCAGUCCUGAUGAAAAGAUAGAACUUUUUGAGGAAAUAAAGUUUGAACCUAAUAUCAUGUGUGAACACAUUGAUGAGAAGGCAACCUUUCGUGUUAGUCAGCUUGAAGAUGGGGACAUCAUUUGCUAUCAGAAAUCUCCUCAGGCUGGAAGCAGUGAACAAUUCCGUUAUCCAGAUGUUCCUUCAUUCCUUGAUUAUGUUCGUAACCGUCAGGUUGUUCGUUUUCGUUCUUUGGACAAACCGAAGGAAGAUGAAUUCUGUCUUGAGUUGUCAAAGUUCCACACCUAUGAUGAUGUUGUGGAAAGAGUUGCUCAACAUCUUGGCUUGGAUGAUCCAACUAAAAUUAGGCUCACAUCUCAUAAUUGUUAUUCACAGCAACCUAAACCCCAACCAAUCAAGUUUCGAGGGGUAGAACAUUUGUCUGACAUGCUGGUACACUACAAUCAGACUACGGAUGUACUGUAUUAUGAAGUAUUGGAUAUCCCUCUCCCAGAGCUGCAAGGCCUCAAAACUCUGAAAGUUGCUUUUCAUCAUGCUACCAAGGAUGAAGUUGUGGUUCAUACUAUUAGAUUACCAAAACAGAGUAGUGUAGGAGAUGUGAUUGAUGACCUUAAGACAAAGGUGGAGUUGUCUCACCCUGAUGCUGAACUCAGAUUGCUAGAAGUUUUCUAUCACAAGAUCUACAAGAUUUUUCCACCAAAUGAAAAGAUUGAGAACAUAAAUGAUCAGUACUGGACAUUACGUGCAGAAGAGAUCCCUGAAGAAGAGAAAAACUUUGGGCCACAUGAUCGCCUGAUCCAUGUUUAUCAUUUUAUGAAGGACACAGCUCAGAACCAGGUUCAGAAUUUUGGAGAACCAUUUUUCUUGGUCAUUCGUGAGGAUGAGACAUUAGCGGAAGUGAAAGUGCGUGUACAGAAAAAGUUACAAGUCCCAGAUGAGGAGUAUUCAAAGUGGAAAUUUGCAUUUUUGUCCAUGGGUCGUCCUGAGUACCUCCAGGACGAUGACAUUGUGGCCAGCCGAUUUCAGAGAAGGGAUGUGUAUGGAGCAUGGGAACAGUACCUUGGUUUGGAACACACUGAUCAUGCUCCUAAAAGGUCACAUACAACAAAUCAGUUGAGGGAGGAGGAGCAAGUUAAAGAGUGGUGGGAAUGGUGGGUUUGGGUUGCUUAG